AGCGCCUUUGAUUAAUAAAUAUCUACAAUAGUAUAAAAUUACUUAUAGGUAAUUUCCCUUCAUUUCAUUUGUGGAGCAUUAAGUCCCAUGUACCAGAUUAAAUCGCAGUUUGUCUAAGCAAUUUAAUAGUAUCACGUGUUCUCACCCUCAAACAGUAUAGCAGUAUAGAAUAAGCUCAAGACUUUGGUACACUUGAGCCUUUAUUUUGUCCGAGCCCCGAUCAUCUGAAGAUUUGGUCAAAUUUAAUGAUAUUCAUAGCAGACACCUACUCACACAUGCGCGUUAAAAACUUUUUGCGUUGCUGAUUAGCACAGCAGCUAAACGCUUCAGCUUAGUCUGAAACUUACCUAUUAGAUGACCUCCUUAACAGUACUAUAGCUGGCUACCUUGUUCUGUCCACUGGUGCAUUAUGUUACAUAAAAUUUGUAAGAGCUCUGGACAUCGAUUGCUGAUUUUGCAUGCACAUCCGGAUGAGUUUGGGACACCAGGUAUUCCUAUAAUCGAGGCUCAAUCAGUAGUUUUGAUAAAUUACUAGAAUUGAAUUGGCAAGAAGUACAAAGUGAAAAAACAAUGAUACAAAAUAUUCUCCUCUCAAAAAGCAUGCAAAAUUAAUAAUAAUUGUUAUUCACUAUUAUACCGCAUUCACCGCAUUUUGUCUGAAUGAUAUAAAUAACUUUCUCGAGGAGCAGUUUCUCCAGCUACAGCUAUCUCCAUGACAAUCUACCCCCAGGUUUCCUAACGACUAAGAUUAAAAGCGUUACUCAUAUUUGCUAUCACUUUUACGAGGCAGAUGAACUCUCACUCUUACCUAGACUGUUUUUAUGUGACUGUCUCACAUGCACAGCAAUGUCUAUUGCAGCAGUGGUGCUUUAUAUAAAGCAGUCUUAGAUCCGUUCUUCAGGUUUCCAUUCUCAGGUAUGCUAUUUAUGUUGCAGUGCACAAAAUAACAGCUGGCCACUGGCCAAUUCCUUGCAAUUAACAAAAGUGACCUAGCAAAAUAACAUAAUGGUUUGCCUGUGCGUCCGAUUAAUUGUUUUGGGUGUGGCUCAAUCUUUCCAAGAACGCGCAGAACAGUUUGUACAAAAGUAUAAUUUAUGUUAAAAUUGCUUAAUCAAGUAUAGAAGACAAAACUUAGUGAGAAGUGGCUUCUAGCUGCAAGUCUGUAUGCAUGGUGCCGUGCAUGAAAAAUCUUGUCCUAGCAAAUUACCAAUAAUUAUGUCCAACCAACGUUUGGCAUGACAAAUAGCCUAGCAAUUUUUAAAAGUUAUUUUAUACCCUGUAGUGUGUUAUGGCUACCAUCCUCCGUGCACUUGUACACCACACUUCUCAUUGGGACUGCUUUUCAAAGUAAAUUUACAGCGACCUAGCUGUUAUUUUAUAUGACUCACAAUACGUAUUAAGGCUCAUUUCAGUCCUGUCUUCUUUAACUUCCACCAAUUCAUCAUGGCUUCUUAAAGUUCAACUGACUUUUGCACAAAAAAGAUAGUAGAUAUUUCCAAAAAAACACAUUUACAAGUGAAAAAUGGCUAUAGAGUGUUGAAACUCUACUUAGAUCAUGUUUGUCAUAAAUACUGCAAUCUGAUUGGUUAGAGGAAAUGUUCUAUCCAAUUUAGAAAAUCAUUUACUUCAAUAGAAAAUCAUGUAGCAAAGAUUUGAUCAAGAUAAGAUAAUAACCAUAAUAAAAGUACAUAAUAAUACUUGACGUCAAUGAGUGUUUCUUUGGUAUUGUUUCCUUUCUUGCUUGUUCUACUUCUUUACUUGACUUUGGGGGAGCGAAUUUUCUUGCUUUCUUUGCCACUGGAGCAGUAAGUAGGUUCUCACUGGCUGUGGAGGAGAGCAAAUAGUCUACGAACCUUCGUCUUGCAGGUCAGAGAGAGCAGAUAGGAAGGUGGGGCUGGUUGCUGCAAAGACAGAGCUGGAGGUGUGGCUGGUUUGGAAGGAAGCAGGGAAGGGUGGGCUGGGUUCGAAACCGUGUAAUAGGCAAACUCAAGAAAGCGUUCGGCACAGGAGGAGGCUCAGAAUCCAUUGUUUGUGCGUUCAAAUCAUUGUUGUCAGGCGUAUGAGCGUUGUUGCUAUGAUCUAAAAUGCUUAGACACUGUUUAGGAAGUUUCCACGUGAUUUAGAAGCCCAAAGGGCGUUCUGUAGAAUCCUGAACGCAGUGAGGGUUCUACUAGCCCUGAGGGCUUCUAAAUCACGUAGAAACUUCCUAAACAGUGUCUGAGAAGAGAGCUGCAAGGCUCUGCUGAUACAGCCAUUAAUUUGUAUGCCUCGGUGCGCAUGUGCAAGCGAGGUAUACGGUAGUGUGUUUGUGUAUCUGUGUGUCUGUGUAGACUGCUACAGCUGCUCAAGGAGGAUCAAUCAAGUGCAAGCAAGGGUUUCUAUAGGCUUUUAGUCAUGUUUACUUGGAUUCUAUUUUUGACACCUCCACUGAGGCAUCAGCACCUGCGGUGCUUUCAUAGACUUAGAUUUUUGGCAUCGAUCCUAUUAACAACAAUCAUGGUGGAUUAAUCAUCCCACUCUUUGUACUUUGUGUGAACGCACAUUCCAUUCUACAUCUAGGAGUGAAUACCGUAUAGUGGGUAAUUUUCAGGGGACAAAAUAUUCGUGGUUCAGCAAUAUUGAGACAUUUCAUGGAUAACAUUUUCGUGGUUGGAGCUUGCACAACAGGUAAAGGUAGGCAAGGUCGCUUCAUUCAUGGGUAAAAUAUUCGUGGUCUGACCUUCAACCACGAAGACCACGAAUAUUUUGCCCCACACCAGUAUCAAGAGUUCUCUUGACAGUAUGUCACUAACACUUGUAGUCUGUUAGCCAUGAAUAAAAUUAAAUGUGGGCUGGAGGUGCAAACCACACGUUAGUGUGUCAAUCAGUUGGCCUUGGAGAGAUACAUACGUAUGUACAGUAGGCUUUGCCCAAUUAUGCUAGCAUAAUUUUGAGAGUAAUAGGUGGGGUGGAGCAUUGAGCAUUAUGCCAGCCUAAUAGGCAAAAAAUAUUAGCCUAUUAGGCAAUUUUUACCAAAUGUUGCUAGAAAGUAUAAGCACUAUAGCAUGAGUAAUGCUAAGUACACAGCCAAUAAUCCACGGGCCGUUUCAUGCCUGUUAUAUGGUAUAAAUCCACGUGGUGUAUUCAACUGUUUGGUUAGAUACUGAUACUGUUUAGCAGCCUGUGGAUUUCAGCAUGUAAUCAGCUGUAAAACGGGCUGUAAGCAGUCUGAGCACGGCCUGUAAGCAGCCCUGUGUUCUCAGUUAUUUCCGGUUUGCUUUUAUACAGUUAAAAGUUGAGUUUGGCAUGAAUAAUUCAACAAAGUGUUAACAUUUUUAAGAAACAAACAUAGCCAGACAGUUAGAAAGUUUACAACACUAAUAGGAAUGUUUCUUCUAGUGCUUGUGCUGCUCGAGUGUGUCACUGUGUGUAUAAAGAAGACAUGUGAAUUAUGAUUGCAAAGAAAAUAAUAUUUCUUACCAUUAUAAAUUGUUUGCUCGACUGUUUGUACUACCAGCCAUGUCCUCUGUCACUGUGUGUAUAAAUACAUCUGAAUAUCGUUGCAAUUAUAAUGUGUUGUUCAACUGUUCGUACUGUCCACAGACCAGCCAUGUCCUCUGUCACUGUGUAUAAUUAUAGAAGACAUGUGAAUAUGGUUGCAAAGAAAAUAAUGUUUCUUACCAUUAUACAUUUUUUGUUCGACUGUUUGUACUGUCACAGACCAACCAUGUCCACAGCCAGUAACUUAACUAAAGCAAAACACAAACAAAGUUUUUAUGAUUAUUAUGUAUUAGUUAGACCAUGUGUAGUAGGUUUCUUAGCUGGAUAGUAAACCUGAGGGAGUGUAGUGGCUUGCAGAAGCCACUAAUCACUCCCAAGGGUUACUAUCCAGCUAAGAAGCCGUACUACACAUGGUCUAUCUCGCUUAGAAAAUGCAUAUAAUGAGAUUAGUUUCAUGCAAAAAGAGAGUUUCAAGCUAGUAAAAAGAGAUGUCUUUCAAAUUUAGAGAGCCCAAAGAUUUUAGCUCACUGUACCACGACUGUACUGGUCCUGGAUGCACCUUUUGUAGUUGGAGAGCGGAGCACCCCAUCAGACUUAAUUGGGAGUCACUUUUUAAUGAACCAGAUGACCGUAUCGUUGGUGGAAUACAAGUAACCAGCUCCCAAAUGGACGAUCCCUACAAGGCCCUGUCAACGCAACAAACUAACGAGUAUUUGAACCAAUUUGAAGAAAAUCUAUUGGAUAAUUUCCCUCCGAUAAGUGAUGAUUUGCUCACUCAAGUCGACUAUUUAAUUGAUGCUGCUAUAACCAGUUCUCAAACUGCAAGCUUUGACUCCACUACUGGUACUAUUUCCACCACUGCUGUCACUGCUGUCUCUACUACAGCUACAGUUUCUCGUUACGCUUCCCCAAAAAAACAAAGAUAUAUUGAUAAUAUUAAGAAAAGCAGCAUUCCGCAAAAAACUAAGAAUUGUACACAAUGGGCUGUCAAGUUAUGGAUUGACUGGGCUAUGUCAAGAAAUAAAGCGCUACUAGCUGGAGAAAACGCAUUCAGCACCUCUAUCAAUGACCUAACAGUGGCAGAAAUGAAUUUUUGGCUUUCAAGAUUCGUUUUAGAAGUAAGGAAACAAAGAUGUCAACAACCUUACCCUCCUAACACUUUAUACCAACUAAUUUGUGGGUUACAGCGCCACCUCAAAGAGAAUGGAAGGCCAGACGUUAAGAUAUUUGAUGACCCUGCCUUGCACGACUUCCGAAGUACUCUUGACGGUGAAAUGAAACGCUUAAAUGCUACUGGGAACUAUGUCAGCAAAAAGCAAGCUCAGCCGAUUACAUUAGAGCAAGAAGAGGUUCUCUGGGAAAGGAAGCUUCUAGGGGAACCCUCUUCUGUUUUGUAUGACCAUCCCUGUCACUUAGUGUUUAUUGUAUAGGAGGUCUUUACCCUCUUCUGUUUUGUUUUAGUGUGACAAGUACGUGCUGGCUGCUUGACAAAAGAGUUGCUCAACAUAGAGGGAGCUGGCCGAUCAUCUCAGUAAAAAUGGAGAGAGCAAAGGGACUCAUCACCAGCUACGAGAUUGGUGAGUACAUGCAGUCAUAGAUUUGUGUUGCUAACUAGGGAAGAUCACGACCAAUCAUCCUAUUGGUUUCUCUGACAAUGUGCUCUCCUCCCCUAUUGUUCUACUAAACACAUCGUGUAUCAGUGUGGACUUUUGUUCGCUCUACGCAGUGGCAAUGAGCAUCGUCGCUUAAGGCAUUCUCCAGCACAAAUUCAGCUUUUUGAGCCCCCAGGGAAUCGUCCUUAUUUGGUCUAUCAAGAAGAUGUCU